GGCCCCUGCCCUCCCUCCUCGCGGCGCGGCCGGCCCGGCAGCGUGGGGCGGCGGCGGCGGCGGCGGCCCGGGCUGGGCGCGGCGGCGGGAGUCCCAGCCAUGGCCGAGCCCGUGGAGCGGCUGCGGCAGCGGGUGCAGGAGCUGGAGCAGGAACUGGCCCGGGAGAGGAGCCGGCGCGGCGCGGGGGGCGGCGAGGGGCGCGGCGGCCGCGCCCGCAUCGCGAGGAUGAGCCCGGAGGUGGUGGACUCCAACCCCUACAGCCGCCUGAUGGCCUUGAAACGAAUGGGAAUUGUAAGCGACUAUGAGAAAAUCCGCACCUUUGCCGUGGCAGUGGUAGGUGUGGGUGGAGUCGGCAGCGUGACUGCUGAAAUGCUGACAAGAUGUGGCAUCGGGAAGUUGCUACUCUUUGACUAUGACAAGGUGGAACUGGCCAAUAUGAAUAGACUUUUCUUCCAACCCCAUCAGGCAGGACUGAGUAAAGUUCAAGCAGCAGAACAUACUUUGAGGAACAUUAAUCCUGAUGUUGUUUUUGAAGUGCACAACUACAAUAUAACCACAGUAGAAAACUUUCAACAUUUCAUGAAUAGAAUAAGUAAUGGUGGAUUGGAAGAGGGAAAACCUGUUGACCUAGUUCUUAGCUGCGUGGACAAUUUUGAAGCUCGAAUGACAAUAAAUACAGCUUGUAAUGAACUUGGACAGACAUGGAUGGAAUCAGGUGUCAGUGAAAAUGCAGUUUCAGGGCAUAUACAGCUCAUCAUUCCUGGAGAAUCUGCAUGUUUUGCGUGUGCUCCUCCACUUGUGGUUGCUGCAAAUAUUGACGAAAAGACUCUGAAACGAGAAGGGGUUUGUGCGGCCAGUCUCCCCACCACUAUGGGGGUGGUUGCUGGGAUCCUCGUCCAAAACGUGUUAAAGUUUCUGUUAAAUUUUGGUACUGUUAGUUUUUACCUUGGAUACAAUGCAAUGCAGGAUUUUUUCCCUACUAUGUCCAUGAAGCCAAAUCCACAGUGUGAUGACAGAAAUUGCAGGAAGCAGCAGGAAGAAUACAAGAAAAAGGUGGCAGCACUGCCCAAACAGGAGGUUGUUCAAGAAGAGGAAGAAAUAGUGCAUGAAGACAAUGAGUGGGGUAUAGAGUUGGUAUCUGAGGUUUCUGAAGAGGAACUGAAAAAUUCUUCAGGUCCAGUUCCUGACUUACCAGAAGGAAUUACAGUGGCAUAUACAAUUCCCAAAAAGCAAGAAGAUUCUGUACAUGAGGUAUCAGUGGAAGAUUCUGGUGAAAGCUUAGAAGAUCUCAUGGCCAAGAUGAAGAACAUGUAGAAACUGAACUGGUCUAUAUUUUAUUUCCUGUUUUUAAACCUAUUCCCUUGGCAAAUUUCUCCCUUGCAAUUAAAAAAAAUCGUUUUGAAAUGAACAAAAAUAAGGUAACAUCAAUUGAGUUUUAAUCUUCACUGUUACACUUUUUGAUAAUACAAAUUUGCCAGUUGCCCUCAACCUUGGACUGAAUCAACAGCUCUCCUGAAACUCAUGUUUCAUUCUAGUAAGGAAACGUCAAAGGAUGACUACAGGCAGUUAGAAACCUUAUUGAAAAUUUAGCCUUUGAAAUGUUUUGGCCUUUUUGGAGGGGUGGGGAGGAAGGACUAAUUUGCUGCAAUAAUCCUUUUCUUUCUAGUAGUCCUCAGGGUCUCUUGCUGAGGCCAUGGAGAAUAAAGUAGUAUGUGUCCUCAAAACAAAAGGACAAGAGGUACAACCUGGUGGUUAGAGCUGGCAGACUCUACGCGCUGUUUGGAACUGCCCUCUACAGGAAAAUAGCCCACCACUAUUAACCAAGCCAGUAGUAAAUUUUAAAUAGUUAUCCUGUAAAAUAAAAAUAUCUUCUCAAAUGUUUCCUGAUGACAUCAAACUGAAAUAUAGACACUGGAAAAGUAUGUAAACAUGUGAACCGUAUGUUCAAAACAAGACAGAGAUAAAUAAAAGAGCACUUUUUCCAUGGAUAGACAGGUGAAGGUACUUUUAGGAAGUACAAAUUAUAUAUUUGCAGAGACCAAAGAAAAAUCGGUGCAUCUGUAGAACCUGUAUCUGGAGUCAGACGACUUUCUUAAAGAGCAAAGUAUAAAUAUAAGCUAUUAUCUAUGAUAAUAGAUGGGUAGAUCAUACCCAUCAUAGAGCUCCUUCCGAAGACUUAACUUCAAUGUGGUUCCUCAGGGAACCAGAUAUUGGCAAGGAUUUGUCCUGGAUGGUGGGCAAAAGGCCUAAAUUGCCUCUGCUGUGACUGACAUGUAUUUAUUCAUCCCAAAAUACCAUUUUCUCUGAGCAUGUUCACUAAAUCAAAGCUGACAAACUGGUUUUCUCUGGAGCUGCAUACCAAUAAUAGAAAGCCUUAGUGGAGAUCAAUUCCCAAUGGUUUGGAAACCAAUAAAGAACACUAUUCAUGGGCUGUUACUAUGAUAAUCUGAUACUUUGGUGAUUUUUUUCUUUUUGUUUUGAAGGUACGGAUGUCUAAGUUGUAUGUCUGGGGAGGAAGUGUUAGUAAAGCUCUAAAAACUAGUUUCAGAGAGCCCCAAAUGUGCAGUCUGUUAGCGUUUAAGUCAGUAUGUUAGCCUAAGUAUGUUAACAUAAGCCGCCAGUAUAGCGUCCUAGAUCAUUGCUCUCAAACGUGCAUAUGAAUCACCUAGGGAUUUAGCAAAACUGCAGAUUCUGAUUAUGAAGGUCUGGGGAGAGCCUCAGAAUCUGCAUUUUUAAUAAGCUCUCAGCUGGAGUCCAUGUUCACAGGCCACAUGUGAGGAACCAGGCCUUAGAGAACACUGAUUAAAGCCCUUUAGAGCCAUCAAAG